AUGAUCUUUUUGGGCCUGUGUCGCGGUGCACCAUCUCGAUGCAGCAUCUCCGCUUUAAUCAGACCACAGCUGAUCAUCCAGUCGCCGUGUGGCCGCCGCUGCUUCGUUCUGCCUGCUUCACAGUUUCAGCACAUCAUUGACGAUGUGGGGCUCUCAAGCUUGCCAUAUGCGGGCGACCCUUUGGCCCUGACUAGCCCAUCCAGACGGGGCAAGCUUUUGGAAUCACUUGUCAGGGACGUUCUCGGGCAAACUCCUCCCACAGACAGCGAUGCGGACGCAAGCUCCAUUGGAUGUUGUGUCAAUGGGAGGCGCAAAGGUCGCCAUCAAGCCGAAUGGGAUUUGACUGUCAGGGGCAGGAAAGUCGAGGUAAAGGCUUCUUCACUUUCUUUCGACGUACGCCAAUCAACUUGGCGAGUAUGUUUUACAAACGUGAAAUUCGCACGAGACGGAUACAGGGACUUCCAACACUUCGACGAUCUGUACCUGGUUAUUUACUCACCAUCUGGCUUUCACAUCUUGCUGCAUGAUCAUCGGACGGGAGUUUCAACAGCCGGUGUCCAAACGCGAAUUCGGGGCCACGACGUCGUGGUACGCGGAUCGCGCAACGAAACAUGGACUGACGCCUUGUCGACCAUUUUGCGCAAGAUGUUGCAAGACGGGCAAUGCAAGCUGGUUGCCCAUGUGAGUAUGAAGGAGCGAAGGGCCCAGGCGCUUUACGCGAGGCUUCGUCAGGAAAGCACCGCAGCUUUUGAGAGCGUUUAUUGCAACAUCCCGCUGGGCAGGAUGAACCCAGUGAUUCGAGGGCAUCGGAUUCAGCAAAUCGGCCUGGAAAUUGAUCGAUUGCGAAGUCCCUCGGCGCACUUCGUGAUGCCCACCGACGAAAUAACGAAGAGCGGCAUCAGGCGAGGAAGAAACAACGCGUCGGUCGACUGGGUUAGAGAUGAUGUCAAGGUCGAACUGAAGCACGCCAAGGUGAGAUACCACCCGCGUGACGGGUGGUUGGUUGUCUUCUCAGGCAUCAAAGCAGGUACGGCCGACAGGCAGCAGACGCGACAGUUUGACGAACUGUGGCUGGCCAUGUACAGCCCAUGCGGCCUGCACUUCCUAAAGCAUCCACCAUGCUAUGAUUCUCUUUCUAGCACAGGGUUGAGGACGGAGGUGGACGGUCGGCAGCUUGUUGUUUUCGGAUCACGUGGUGCACAUGUAUCAGAUGCGGUCGAGGGAAUAAAGUUGAAGCUGUAUGCCCGCGGCUGCACAUCGCUAGCCACAGUUCGGUGGCAGUGA